GUGGUUGGAAAACCGAAGCAUUUAUCGUAUGCAAUCCACACGAAAAGUAAACCUAUCGGAAUUGCUCCGCGUACGGCGUACCACACCACCACUACACUCCAGGGUUGGCACCGCACGGCAAGCCGCAAGCGGCGGCGUGGGUUGCCGAACCCCAGUCCCCCAAUCGGCGUCGGCGCGUGGGAAUCGUCAGAAAAACGCGACGAACAGCCGAACCGGUCACACCGAAAGCGCAGUUGCGAGGCUGUUCUCCGUUGUCACGUUUCUGCCCGCAUCUCCCCUCCACCGUCCUCUAGGCUCUAGUAUUCUAGUCCUAGUCCCCCACCGGCCACCACCAGGCACCACGCCAGCCAGCCCCACCACUCCAUCCGAGUCAGAGUCUUCGGCUCCAAGCCGCCCCACUGUUCCUCCUCGACUCCAAGCACCGCGCCGGCAGCGUGAGGAGAGGGCUGUCGCGGGCCGCCCGCAGGCUCCUCUGCUGCGGCAGGGCCGCCUCCCCGGAGGACCUAUCUGAUGAAGGAAGUGGAUCAUUGAGGUGGGUGUUCUCAUUGAGAGAGCUUCGAUCAGCAACAAACAGCUUCAAUUACGAUAACAAGAUUGGAGAAGGGCCACUUGGGAGUGUGUAUUGGGGACAAGUUUGGGAUGGUUCUCAGAUCGCUGUCAAGAGGUUGAAGAGUGCAAAGAAUGGCACAGAAGCGGAAUUUGCUUCAGAAGUCGAGAUAUUGGGAAGAAUAAGACACAAAAACCUCCUGAGUUUUCGUGGAUAUUGUGCGGAUGGACCCGAACGGAUUCUGGUGUAUGACUUUAUGGCAAACUCAAGUCUCUAUGCACAUCUUCAUGGACCACAUUCUGCUGAGUGUCUCCUUGACUGGCGGAGGAGAAUAUCUAUUGCCAUCAACACUGCUCGGGCUCUCUUGUACCUUCACCACUAUGCAACACCUAAGAUAAUCCAUGGAAGCAUCAAGACCACCAAUGUGUUACUGGAUUCAGACUUCCAGGCACAUGUUGGCGAUUUCGGUCUGAUAAGGUUUAUUCCUGAUGGAAUGGAUCAUGAAAAGAUUACCAGCGAAAGCCAACGAGGCUAUCUUGCUCCUGAGUACAUUAUGUUCGGCAAACCAACUGCAGGUUGUGAUGUAUACAGCUUUGGAAUAAUACUAUUGGAGCUUGCUAGUGGCAAAAGGCCGAUAGAAAAGUCGUGUUCUGUUAAGACAUAUGGAAUUCGAAACUGGGUGCUCCCGCUGGCAAGGCAGGGUAGAUAUGAUGAAAUUGCAGACUCAAAACUGAGCGACAAGUUCUCUGAAUCUGAACUGAGAAGAAUGGUCUUAGUUGGGCUAGCAUGUACUCAUUCAGAAUCUGAAAAAAGACCAACAAUGCUUGAAGUUGUGCCGUUGCUGAAAGGCGAAUCAAAAGAAACCCUUAUUAAGCUUGAAAGAGAUGAGUUGUUCAGCUCAGACUCGAUGGUGAGUUCACAAGGAACACCAACCCCAGAUGGGGGCACAGACUCUGUGCCAAAGGAAGAUCAAGAACUGGUUGGAGCGUGAAAUGUGAUAUGUUGCUACUGUAGGCGAUGGUAGAAUGCGGAUUUGUGUUAUUGGUUGAUGAUUGGUUUGUGCGGUUUGACAUGAAUGUAAAUUGUAUAGGCAUUGUUUUCUGUAAGGAGGUAUUUACCCAUCCCUUUUGAGAGAUUAAGGAAGAGCAUGGGGGCUGGAGAUAGCUGUUUAUGCGAAGUGGUUUUUGUAUGCACCGCAUAGAAAAUGCACAUGUUUUUUCAGGAUGUUUGUAU